UUAUGCUUCGUCGUCUUCAGUCCACCAACUUUCUCUUAACCAAAACUCCUACCAGAAAAGGGGCUUUUUUCACUUGUAGAAGCACAUUUUCUAUUAAUAUUUCAUCUUCAAGCUCUAAAAGCAAAGAGUAAAAAGAAGCUUGAAAUAAAAAGUAGAGAAAAAUAAUGGUAGCUUUAUCAAUGGUCCCUUUUCUGGGCACAGUUCGAUACACCCCUUCUUUAACGAGUUUGACACCUUACAAGCGCAAAAUAUCAAUACAAAACACUCCAAUUUCAUUUCCAAGAAAUGGGUUCUUCCCAAUCAGGAGGUUUCUUCAAGCUUGCCUUCAAUCUAGUUUUGCUAGUGAGGAUGCUGGAGCAAAGUUACCCGCAGAACAAUCGGAGAUCAUUUUUAUGGGGACAGGAACUAGUGAAGGCAUUCCUCGUGUCAGCUGCCUAACUGAUCCUGUAAAGAAGUGCCCGGUUUGCACCAAAGCUGCAGAGCUGGGUAACAAAAACAGGAGACUUAAUACAAGCAUUCUUAUUCGUUACUCUAAGCCUUCUGGAAGUUGCAACAUUCUAAUAGAUGCUGGCAAGUUCUUCUACCACAGUGCUCUUCGAUGGUUUCCGGCAUUUGGGAUAAGAACAAUUGAUGCGGUUAUAAUUACUCAUUCUCAUGCUGAUGCAAUUGGAGGUCUUGAUGAUCUACGUGAUUGGACAAACAAUGUGCAGCCACACAUCCCAAUUUAUGUUGCAAAUCGUGAUUUUGAGGUGAUGAAGAAGACUCAUUAUUAUUUGGUAGACACAAGUGUGAUUGUACCUGGUGCUGCUGUCUCAGAGCUGCAAUUUAAUAUCAUACAUGAAGAACCUUUCAUUGUGCAUGAUUUACAGGUUACCCCUUUACCAGUGUGGCAUGGUCGUGGUUAUCGUUCUCUUGGUUUUCGAUUUGGUAAUAUUUGUUACAUUAGUGAUGUCAGUGAGAUACCUGAAGAAACUUAUCCUCUUCUGGAGAAUUGUGAAAUCCUCAUUCUGGAUGCUUUGAGGCCUGAUCGUUCUUCUUCAACGCAUUUUGGACUUCCAAGGGCUUUAGAGGAAGUGCGGAAGAUAAAGCCUAAGAGAACACUCUUUACUGGCAUGAUGCAUCUGAUGGAUCAUGAAAUAGUGAACGACUACCUCAUAAAAUUGAUGGAAUCCGAGGGUCUUGAUGUACAAUUGAGCUAUGAUGGAUUGCGUGUACCGAUAACACUCUAGCGUCAUGUUAACUUUCAAAUGAGCAUUCUUUUCUCUGUGAAAACUUCCUAUACCAUGAUUUGGAGCAAUGAAUUCAAUUGUAUUCAAUGAGAUAACAUGAUCUAAAUUGGGCAUUGUACAUUACCCCCAUAUAGUUCUUUUUGAAUACCUUCACCAUUGAAAGAAUCAAGAUAUGCUAAUCAUUUUGAUCUUGA